UAUGCCCUGAGUGACUACAAAUACUGGUCUUCAUCUGCAUCUUUAGCUAAGGUUUUUCCAUUGACAAUGGGUCACCUCAUCGGCGUGCUCACGCCUCUCCCCGAUUGCAUCGCCAGCCUGUGUUUUCUCCUCGUUGCUGUCUUCAUCUUGACCGCUCACCGUCGUAGAAUUGAGCACGUGACAGGCUGGCUGCGUAAGCUCGCGCCGGUGACCACUCGGGUUGCGCGGGGCACCCGGCGUGGCCUCUCCAUCCAGGUGACAGGCCGUGCGAUAGCGCACCGCGCCUUGGUGGAGCACAGCGCCGCCUUCCUCGACCGCCCCACCGGCGCGGUGCCAAGUACCAUCCUCACACGUGACCGCCACCAUAACAUCCUGUCGGCGCCAUACGGCCCGUACUGGCGCGCCGUCCGCCGCAACGUAGCUGCCGGUGUCCUCCACCCAUCUCGCCUCUUCCGACUCAGCGACACCCGUGCCCGCGUGCUGGGCGACCUGGCGCGCGACCUCAGAUCCGGCGCCCCGGCAGCCGAGAGCCUCUAUUUCGCCGUGUACUCUGUCCUCGUUGAGAUGUGCUUCGGCAAGGACGUCGUCUCCAAGCUCGGGGACACGCGCCUCCGUGCCAUGCAGAAGUUCCAGCGUGACAUCCUCGUCGCGUUGCCCUCUUUUGGGGUGCUUGUGAGGUACCCGAGGAUGAGCAAGCUCAUCUACCCAUCACGGUGGCGCCAGCUUCUCUCUCUCCGGCGGCAGCAAGAAGAAUCUUUCUUGCCGCUCGUCGCCGAGGUCAAGAAUAACCGGAAGGACAAGCAUGACGCCAGCUUCAAGACUUACGUGGAGUCCCUCCUGGACCUGCGAAUCCAUGAAGACGGCGGCCGGGCCGUCGCGGAUGGCGAACUCGUCAGCCUCAUCUCGGAGUUCCUCGGCGCCGGCUUGGAGUCCACGGCUGCUGCCCUACAAUGGACGAUGGCCAACCUCGUAAAACGCCCCGACCUGCAGCAGAAGCUGCGGAUCGAGGUCGACGCCAUUGGCUGCAACCAGCGUAUCAUCGAGGAGGCCGAGCUAUCGCGAAUGCCCUACCUCAAGGCCGUCGUGCUCGAGAGCCUGCGGCGCCACCCACCGUUUCCGUUUGUGGUGCGCCGGAUGGAGGGCAAGGAGGCCGCGGAGGCGGUCGGCCUGACGAGUGUGCCGGGCGGUGGCGCGACGGCGAAUUUCCUCGUUGGGAAGAUCGCCCGCGACGCGGUACCGUGGUCGGAUGCGACAGAGUUCACGCCUGAGCGGUUCAUGCCCGGCGGGGACGGCGAGGACACGGACCUGACCUGCACGAGGGAGCUCAGAAUGAUGCCAUUCGGAGCCGGGAGGCGCGCGUGCCUGGCGAUCGUGCCGGCGAUGCUGCACCUCGAGUACUUCGUGGCCAACCUGGUCAAGGAGUUCGAGUGGUGGGAGGCCGACGGAGAGGACAACGCGGUGAACCUCACCGAAUUCCGCGGGUUCUUCAUCACCGUCAUGGAUCGCCCGCCUCGUGCCUCGCGACGCGGUAUGACCCUCCGGAUGCACCCGUCGGUGCCGUUCGUCCUACGCCGAUGACGCUAGGUUGCCGGGUGAAACUACGUACCGUACCGGGCAGCGGCUACUUGAACGUGCGGUUUGUUGUGGGGGACAUUGGGAGGACAGGAGGACAUGGAGGGAUCCCGACGAGUUCCAACCUGAGCGGUUCCUGGCUGGAGGUGAGGCGGAGGGCGUCGGGCCGUCAGCAGGUCCCGAGGAGAUUAUCAGACGAAGAUGAUGCUGUUUGGUGCGGGGCAUAGGUUGUUCUGGACACUACUGUCUUGAAUUUUUUUAGCCCUAUUUAACACUGAAAACAUUUUCUUCCCUGUCUAACGUGGAGUCUAAAUUUUAAAAGAAGUCUUCCCAGCGCGAGCGCUCCGUCAUGAGCUCCAUCCCUCAUCCGUCAGAGCGGCCUCUGCGAGGAGUCGUGACUGCUGUUGUGGCGGCUGCUCCUCUCAUUGCCCGAGGAGAUGAGAGCGAGGGUGGCGGCGCCAUGACCCUGACGAAGAUCCACUGCCGACGCCAAUUGCCGGCGCGGAGAGCCAAGAUUUCGGCGUCGUCGAAGUUGGAAAGGUUUGGGGAGGAGAAGGGGCUCCGAGAGGAGUUAUUUAAUUUUGUGGGCAAGUCUGUCAAAAACUCAAGAUAAGGGCUGGAAGAAAGAUUUACUACUUCCAAUUAAACACUCCUUUUAUGAAGUGGAGAUGGAGGCCGUGUGUGCAACGUUUCCUCGCCAGAGAAAUAGAGAAUAGCUCAAGAAGGUGCCAACCAGAGCGCCCAUGGCGCCUCUCCGGGAAAUUUGUACCGACACACUACAACUGCGGUCCCCUGUUGGCUGUACAGACUACAAACAAGUUUAUGCGAACAAUGGCAUCGCCUCAU